CUGACCAUCAAGCUACCUCCUUGAACGAACUAAAUGAGAAAAUUAACAUCUGCUGACAAAAACAUUGAAAAUAUCGAAAAUAUUACGUCUGAGAAGGACUCUGUUUCGUAGAUUUUGAAGUCUUAAACAAAUGGCUGCAAGAGCUUCGCAAACAGGGCUGAUGGCUCUGUGGAAGAAAGGGUGGAGUGAAAUCCCAGAAGUUAUGGGUUCUUCAGUUUUGGGUGUCAUAGGAAUUGCUGCUGCAGCUUAUGGAAUUAAGAAACACCGUGACAGCGACGGCGACAACAAGAUUUAUAAGAGUGAAUACAUCGUUUACAGACCAGAUGACCCCAGAGUGAAGAAUAUCAAGCAAUAAUUUCCUUCCCCAUUACUGUGAAUAGCUGAAAAUAAAUGUAAGAUUGUUAGUUUACAA